UUUUAGAUAAGUACUCUUGAGUGGCUGCAAUAAAGGAGGAGCUGAAAUGCCUAGAGAAGUAGCCAGCCAGGCACAGGAACACAAAACACCAGACAGGCAAGCACUAUGGAGGCUGCAGCUGCUAAAUUCUUGUUCCAGGCUACAGUGACUCAGAUCUGUCACUCUGCCAGAGAUAUCCAGCCACAUUCUCUCCAUCCAAGAGAGCAGCCAGAAAGCAACCCUACAUUAUGGAGACCCUGGAUUCUCACAGCAAGAGAUGCUGAACUGGGACGUCAAGGAAUGUCUGAACUGGACGGUGAUCAGAGAAAUUUUAGCUCAAAAGGAGCUUUGGGGUUUCAGCAUCCAGUGAGACUUUAUUUGCCCAAAUCUAAAUCCCAGAAGUUCCUACACAACAUUGGAAAGAAGGUUCUGGCCAGUUUUCCAGUACAAGCCACAAUUCAUUUCUACAAUGACGACUCUGAUUCUGAAGAUGACGAGGAAGGAAGUCAGCUUUAUAAUGAACAUAGUCAGCCUCUGAGGACCACGUAAAUCAAGAAACAAAAAAUGGCCUCUAAUGUGUUUACUAGCAAAAAUCAUAUAAACCAAAAAACAGAUCUAAAGCUCAUGUGAGAAUCAUCUUGCUGUCAUGUGAAAAAUAGUGGGGAGAUGCAAAUGGCAACAAACAUGGAAGGUUUGUUUUCUUUUGGGGGGGCUUACAGGAACAAAAAUCCUUAGUUUUUAGAAUUUUAAGUUGCAGAGCUUUGUGUGGUCCCCAAACUCACUCUGGCUGGAGUAACAUCUGUAUUAAAACCAUUAAUGUCACUGUUACCAUUGCACUGUGCUCAGCACAAAUGCUAUUUUAUGUUGUGUUGGAAGAUGAAAAUAUAUGCCUUAUUAUGGGGAAAAUAUACAUGCCCCCAACACCUCUCUACAUUAGAUUUUUUUGGUGAGAUGUGUAAAAUGAGAAACUCAUAUCCAUUGUCCCACUAUAUCAUGUGGGAUUCUGCCUGUAAACUGCUACAAGUUCUGCUCCCUAAGUAAUCAGAAAAGAGCCCUGCCAUUAAUCAGGAAAAGGUGCCAAAGCAUGAAUAAUAAAAAUAUGAUUUAACAGUGAAUUAAAGGGUGUAUUUGAGAAUUUUAAACAACAACAAAAAAAAAUGCUGAGGUAUAGCUGUAGAAGGACCUUAGAUGCAUGAAAAAUGUGCAGAAGAGAACAUCUAAGAAGGGUCCAAACUGCUAAAUUCAAAUCCUAGUCUAAACUUUUCUAAAAUUUAGUGGGUUUGAAGAUGGAAUUUUAGCAUAGCUUAUUACAAAUCCACUAUAAAGUUUGGAUUUAGAGCAGAACAUCCUCUAGUUUAUUUUGUGUUCAGAUGCAGGGUGACUAAGUUACUGCUUAGUCUUGCAAAUUGCUUUCAUAAGCCAUUUUAACAGCAUUAUGCCAUGUUCACCUUUCUAGAUGAAGCUUUUAAAAUCUGCUUCCCAUCACAGACUUUGACAUGUAGGCAGGGUUUUGAAAGGAUUAUUUAUUGCACCCCUCCCCCGCAAACUUCCAAAUUCAAAUCUCUCUUCCUAGUUGUUCUCUAGUUUCUCACUUGGAGUAUUGCUCUUUGUCUUACAAAUAUUUUGUACAGUUUCUAGAUGUAUGAAAAUAAUUAACUGCCGUCUUAUUUUGAGUACAGCCAUGAUUCUGCAAAGAUUUAUGCAUGUGCUUAACUUUAUGUAUGUGAAUAUUUCAGUUGAAAUCAGUAGGACUACUCUUGUCCCUAAAGUUAUGUGCUUGAAUAACUGCUUGCAGAAUUAGGGUAUAAAACAUUCCAUUGCAUUAAAUUAGAUUUAUUGGAACAAUAUCAAUUUAAGUUUUUAAAUGUUUUCUCUCCUUUGUAAAAACGUGUAUACAGAUUAGAAAAUAAAAUUUCUCACUUUUCAUUUGAGAAACAUUAAUGUUCUCCUUUCCCCUAAAUUUCUAAUGGAAUUGAAAUGAGCAUUGCUAUUUAUUUCCUUCUUUGUGCUGCAGUCACAUGAUUACAAUGUAUCUCUGGGAUCAGUUACAAGUCCAAUCCUGUAGUUCUUCAUUUAAGUACAGUACAUGUAUUGUCUUCUGUAGGUCAUUUCAUGUGAGUCAUGAUUGCUCAUAUGAAUAAGGGAUUGUAGAAUCAGGGCCAAUGUUAGUUACCAGCUGCUGCACUGGGUGGCAAAGGAACUAGGUUUUGUUUUCACAUCAUAGUUACUGCAUGAUAGUAAUGGUAACAAUGGGAUUUUUAAGGAAAAGAGCAUACUUGGAAUCAGGGAAUAUCCCGCACUGCAGAAUCCGACUGUUUUAAGGAUAGAUCUAAUAAAGAAGAGUUCAAAAUGUUUUGAGCAUGCACCAUUAACAUUUUUACAAACUAUUCAGUAAAUGUAGACACACUGAAAGAGUGCUGUAAAAGCCAUUUAAACUAAAAUCAAUUAACUAGUUAGCACACAAACUUUGCAUUCACACUUUUUAAUCUCGAACAAAGUAUACACAAAGAAGUCCUUUAAUGCUAGUAGUACCCAUUGCCUUUGCAUCUUUCAAGGCGCAGUAGCUGUUUUCAUUAUAAAACAUUUUCUGUUUUAUUCAUCCUAAGCUGAAAUUUUUCAUAUGAGUUUUGAGUCAGGAUGUAAAUAUUAUCCAAAAAAUAGCUAACAUUAUUUAAGCUCUUACUCAUACACUUUAAUCUAAUAUUAUUAAAGUUCCUUGAAGGGUAUGAACUACAGGAAAAAUACCGAGUUAACUAAAACUUUUCCAAUUUCACUCAUGCCAUUAUGUAUAGAGGGAUCUGAGCCCAUGUAGCGUAUGACAAUAUAUUAUCCAUUGACUUAAUAUAUUUCAGAAAGAGCCCUUAAUAUUACACAAUACUAUACCUUAACACAACUCUGACUAAAACACAAGACACAUGCACAUUUGAAAAAAAAGACUAAAGCAAAAUACAACAAUAUGCUCAUCAAAAGCAGUAUUUAACUUCCAAUAUAAAUUUUAUUGAUUUUUUGACUCAGACCCUUUGUCAUAUUAUGAGAAUACACUACCUCAUCAACAGCAAGAAAGAAAGCUAAGAAAAACACAAUAGGUACUUACCAGCUGAGAACAAAAAAACAUCCAGCAGCUACUAGUUACAAAAUUGCUCUCCUUGAGAGAUGGCUAGUUAGCGCUGCAAAAUUUUUAAAGGGCUACUAACAGAAAUGCAUGAAGGGGAAAAAAUGUUCCUAUAAAGGUCAACUGUGUACAGAUGAACAUUAGUAAGAAAUAAGUAAAUCACUAGACCAUGUGCUC